ACGUCAACACUUGAGUCAAUCGUGUAGGAGACAGGCAAAUUCAAUAAAAUUGUGUUUUUGGAAUAGUGAAUAUAUUUUUGGAAUAACUGGCCUUAUUAACAAUAAUUGUUCAUUAUAAUGCCGGCAACCGCUACAGCUAAGCCGGGUGCUAAGACGAGCCCGGCUAUAUUUCAUAAUACAGCCGGAUUUAGUACCCUUAUCACGGUUACUGUGCUGACUCUAGCUUGGUUGGCCGGCUUUGCUUCUCGGCUAUUUGCUGUGAUUAGAUUUGAGAGUAUUAUCCAUGAAUUUGAUCCCUGGUUCAACUACAGGUCUACUGCAUACAUGGUAGAACAUGGCUUUUAUAAUUUUCUUAACUGGUUUGAUGAAAGAGCAUGGUAUCCUUUGGGUCGUAUUGUUGGAGGUACAGUGUAUCCUGGUCUUAUGAUCACCUCAGGAACUAUUCAUUGGAUAUUACAUGCCUUGAACAUUCCUGUACACAUUAGAGAUAUAUGUGUUUUCCUCGCUCCUGUCUUCAGUGGUUUAACAGCAAUAUCAACAUAUCUGUUAACUUCAGAGUUAUGGUCCAGAGGUGCAGGAUUAUUUGCAGCAUGUUUUAUAGCUAUUGUCCCCGGGUACAGUAGCAGGUCUGUGGCAGGCAGCUAUGACAAUGAAGGCAUUGCUAUAUUUGCCCUUCAGUUUACAUAUUACCUCUGGUUAAAAAGUGUCAAGAGUGGUUCAGUAUUCUGGUCAAUAUGUACAGCAUUAUCAUAUUUCUACAUGGUAUCAGCAUGGGGUGGUUAUGUAUUCAUAAUCAAUCUUAUUCCUCUACAUGUCUUUGUUCUACUCAUUAUGGGGAGGUUCUCUCAGCGCCUCUUUGUGAGCUACACUGUUUUUUACAUAAUUGGCCUUGUUUAUUCAAUGCAAAUCCCGUUUGUUGGCUUCCAACCUAUCAGAACCAGUGAACACAUGGCUGCCUCAGGUGUAUUUGCAUUGUUGAUGGUUGUUGGGGCUAUGAAGUACCUGCACAGUUUGAACCCAAAGGGUGAAUGGAAACAGGUGCUUAUAUUUGGCACACUAUUGGCUGCAGGGGCAGUGUUUCUAGCUGUUGUUUUGUUAACGUACAUGGGUGUUAUUGCUCCAUGGAGUGGAAGAUUCUAUUCAUUAUGGGACACCGGAUAUGCAAAGAUACACAUUCCUAUCAUAGCAUCGGUGUCAGAGCAUCAGCCCACAACAUGGUCAUCGUUCUUCUUUGAUCUGCAUGUCCUCGUCUGCACAUUUCCCGUUGGCCUGUGGUACAGCAUCAAGAAUAUCAAUGAUGAAAGAGUAUUUGUUGCGCUGUACGCGUUAAGUGCUGUAUACUUCGCUGGCGUCAUGGUCAGACUGAUGCUUACACUGACGCCCGUUGUCUGCGUUCUCGCCGGUAUAGCGUUCUCGAUUAUUUUAGACCUGAUGCUCAAAGAAGAUGAUGUGCCUGUUGUUCCUGAGAUCGAAGAGACUAAGAACCUUUAUGAUAAGGCAGUUAAAACAAAGAAGCGUAGUCAGGAGUCGACACAGCAGGCUGAUCAUGGCCUAGGAGCGUACGCUCGCCCUGGCACUGUGAUAGCGUUCAUGGUACUUCUCAUGCUGUUCUCUGUACACUGUACAUGGGCAACCUCCAAUGCAUACUCGAGCCCCAGCAUUGUGCUCGCUAGCUAUGGAAAUGAUGGAUCGCGCAAGAUAUUGGACGACUUCAGAGAGGCGUACGGCUGGCUGUCCCAGAACACAGCGGAAGACGCCAGGGUUAUGUCUUGGUGGGACUAUGGCUAUCAGAUCGCAGGAAUGGGUAACAGAACCACACUGGUGGACAACAACACAUGGAACAACUCGCACAUAGCGCUGGUGGGGAAGGCCAUGGCGAGCAACGAGAGCGCGGCCUACUCCAUCAUGACCCAGCUGGACGUGGACUACGUGCUCGUGAUCUUCGGAGGUGCCAUCGGCUACUCGGGCGAUGAUAUCAACAAGUUCAUCUGGAUGGUGCGCAUCGCUGAGGGGGAGCAUCCCAAAGAUAUACACGAAGCGGACUAUUUCACAGAAAGAGGCGAAUACAGAGUUGAUUCGGAAGGGUCAAAGACCAUGUUAAAUUGUCUAAUGUACAAGUUGUCAUACUAUAGGUAUGACAGCGGCGGUAGCCCGCCCGGGUAUGACAGAACUCGUAACGCGUUGCCGGGUAACCGCGGCUUCAAACUCACCUACCUCGAGGAGGCGUACACCACCGAGCACUGGCUCGUUAGGAUAUAUAGGGUUAAGAAACCGGAUGAGUUCAAUCGACCCCGGCUACCACUGGCCCAAAGAACUAUUUCAACCACAAAUUCUAUUUCCAAAAAGAUGGUCCUUCAAGAUUAGCGCCACAGUAUAUUGUACCAACAUAUGUUUCGACGUCGAAGAGAAGAAAAGGUCUUCUGAAAAACAAGCCGACAGUAGUGAAAGGCAAGAAGAUGAAGUUAGAGUGACGUUGUGUGAAGCCCUCCUCUAGAUGUGUUGUUCGUGAAUGUGCGGUAGUGUAAUGUGCGGAAGGUAACAGGAUGGAUGUCUAGACUAAUUUAUAAAUCUACUGUAUUUAAAUAAAAUCGAAAGAUUCCUCUA